AUGGAAAUCAAAAAUAAGGAACUUCAACCUCUUAAUUCAACAGACGAAACUUUUGUUCAACAACAAUACAAUGAUAAGGAGGAAUUGGACUUUGAAAAACACAAUGGCAAAGUUUCGUCGAAGAUACCAACGAAUUAUGGAAAAAACAGAAAUCAGAAUACUCACGCAUCUGAUAUGGAGGACAUCAUUGCCAUUCCUGCACUCGACUUUAACAAUCAACCAGAAAUAUUAAUAGACAUUUCAACAGUGCAGAAUAAUAUAGAUAUGCCCUCGUCAUACGUCUUUCCAUCUCCGCUUUUAUCGAAAAAUAGUGAAGAAGUGGAUAAUAUUUGGAACGAACUGUGGCUGAUUAACCAAGACGUAAUUAUGACGGAAGCCGAAGAUAAUAUAAUGGAUAACUCCAUCUCCAAUUAUAAGGAAGAAAUGGAUUUUAAAGAUCAAGAUGCAUCAUCAAUCCAAGAAUUUGAAUCAGCCAUUAAAACAAAAGCUGACAAUCAAAAAUGUACGGAAACUGAUGAUAAGACAGAUCACAUUUGGUAUCCACCUUCAAAAAUUAAGAAACCAAAGAAAGUUCUCACAGAUAUCAAAAAACACUCAACACGCAACCAAACAUCAAUGCACACGUUUAUAGAAGAAAAAGUCGCAACUUAUUAUGCUUACAUUCCAAUUAAGGCAUGA